UCGCGCUACGUACUUGGCCCCCCACGCCAUCCCCGUCCUCCAGCUCCUGCUCCUACUCCCUUGGCUCCACCCGCACUCCUGCUCCUACAAAUCCAUCCUCGUGUCUCCUUCUAUCCUGUCUCAUCAAUCACACUGUGCCUCGUCAUAGUGAGACAUCAUACACAUACACGUACAGUCGCAUGGACAGGUACAGGGUUGCACCGGCGCGGCCAGCCUGCCAGUUCAGCGCUGGCCCGGGAGGCCACCUCCGUCCAGCGGCGCCGUGUGGGGCUGCGGGGCGCCGGUCGGGCGGCGCCGAGAUCGGCAUCUUCACGGCCGAGCGCUACUUCAGCGCGGCCGACGUCGUCAGGCGCGACGCCAUACGCCCCGCGCUCCCUGAGGACGAGCCGCCGCGGCUGUCCGUCCCCCCGAGGGACGUGGCCAGCCAGAGCGGGCGCACCGCAGCGUCGUCGGAGGCGAGCUGGAACAGCCGCUCCGGGCUGCUGUCCAGCGGCCGCUCUGCCGCGGCCAGGCAGAAAUGGAGCGGCGGCGCGGUUAAUGGGAGUGAUCAGGGUUACCGCGGCAAGAAGCCCGGCUCCAGCGGGCGGUGGACGCUGUUCGGCCGCGACUGCCCCUGCGCCGGCAGGAAGGCGGUCACCGUUGACGUCGCGUCCGAACCGAGGAGCCCGACGAUCGCGCCCAUGCAUGCGAGGUUCAGUGCACACUCUGCCGUAGAGGAGUGCCUCGAGAGCAUGAUCUUUAAGGCGAAAGACGCGUCUCCUCCAGGAACUGCAAGCGACGAGCCCGCCAAGGUGAAGGUAACCGUAACACCGGGGAGCCGUGCGUUCCCUCUUGCCGCCGACAACGUCUUCGCGGUCGCAGCGCCGCCAAACCGGGGCACCGACGUGCCGUCCAACGCUUUCGCGUCGGGCAUUGGUCGCCGCGUCGUGAGCUCCACUGGGUUCACGUUCCCGGCGCUCGGCUCGGCGAGAUUCACAAGCAACACCUUGGACGAGCCGCCACGCGUGUCGCUGGAGGUGUUCCGCCCCAUCGACGAGAAUUCCGUGAUGCUCGCGGACCCUCCGCCGGCCAUGGCGGGCCGCGGCGGGGUCCACGUGCGCCCGCCGCCAAUGGCUGCGCUGGUGGACGAGGAUGCGAUGAGCGACGCGAGCUCGGAGCUGUUCGACCUCGAGAGCUUCGCGGCGUCGUCAUCGUACCCGACCACGUACCGCGGGCGCGGCAGCCGGCGCAACUCGGCCGACGACGACCUUCCCUACGCCGCCGCGGCCGAGCCGGCGCUGAGCGAGUGCAUGUACGCGCCGAGCGAGGCUAGCGUGGUGUGGAGCGUGGCCACGGCCGAGGGCGGCGCGUUCGACGCGGCCAGCGUGGCCAACUUCUCCAGCGCGGCGUCCGCGUGCUGCGUCGACGAGUUCCGCUACAUCGUCCCGGAGUCCCCCGCCGGGUUCACCGCCGCCAUGUCCCGCAGCGCUGGACGGAAGAAGGGCGGCGGCGGGUUCCUGAACAGCUGCCGAUGCGAGAAGGCAGUCAGCGUCGGGCCCACGCCGGUCCGGGUGGUCAAGCCGCCGGCUUACCCCGCCGCGGCCUCCAAGACUGGCGGCGGGGCGCGGUGCCGCCCCGACCGCGUCCACGUGCCGGUCCGGACGUGACGCGCGCGCCAUCAGCCGGCGGCUAACUGCAGUGCGCGCGCGAGGGGUUCGAUCGCACGCAUGCGUGCGCGCAUGAGGCUGUUGCUUUGGUUUUGUGAUUACGACUGGUUGCUUUGUCGAUGCUUAAUUUUCUUUGUCUAUUGAAGUGUGUUACGAGUGGAAUUGCAUAUUGUUAUUUUGAACAAUAUCGAUUCACACUUCAAUGUUCUUUUCACAAUGUUAAUUCCACAAA